AUGGGUCGAGUGGAAACGGCGGGGGACAGGACGGAGACGGAGGCGCCCGGAGUCGGAGCAGGAGCAAAGGGAGAUGAAACAAGAAAGCAGGAGAGAGAGGAGCCGACAGCGACCACUGCUACCUACAUCCGCACUUGUCCCACACCAACGCCCAGUGCCACACUCAACGCGACCGUCAGAAGAAAAAGGAGCAACAGCAGUUUCAGCCGCAGCAGCCGCAGCAGCUGCAGCAACACUUCACCCAUGCCCCUCCCCAGUCGCCUUCUCCCGGAGCAGCAGCUUUUCCGCCUGGGCAUCUGCACUCCCUGAUGGCACACUUUGUGUCCGCUGACGAGAUGAGUUCGCUUUCGGUUUCGAGUGAUGUAGGCAGUGUCGCAUGUGGUGAUCUUGGUUUUGCUUUGUCUGCCCAGAGUUGCGAUUACAGUCCUGGUAGGGAGGUAUUUUGGUCGGAUAGCGGUGCAAGCAACCAUUUUGUGAGGAACAGCUCCAAAAUGCACAACAUCUCGCCUGUUUCCCCCGGCAAAGAAUGCAUCAGAGUAGGCAAUGGUGCUCAUUUGCGCGUGGAGUGUGUGGGUAGUGUCAAUCUGGCAUUCCAUAUGGCAGGAGGCCGCUCGGGAGAAGUGGAUUUUUGUGCCCAAUUGACAGACGUGUACGUAGUGCCAGGAAUUUCGUUCAACUUGUUCUCCCUGCACCAAACGCAGAAAAAGCACAGGAUAAUGUUGGAUGAGAGGGGUGUGCACCUUUCGGCGGUCGGCUUAGUUUCGCAUAUUCGGAUAUCGGAUGGUCUCUAUCGGCCACCCGCUUGCCCCCCUCGUACCGCGACGGUGAUGUAAUCCCCUCUACCGUUGUCCCUCCCCCCGUUGUCCGCUAAGCGUCUCCGCCUGGCGUUGGCACUGGCCUAUUCGCCCAAAACCCCC